AAUGUCCAAUUUUACUGUUGUGACCGAAUUUCUGCUCAUGGGAUUUUCUGACAUCCGAGAGCUCCAGAUCAUAUUUUCUUUUUUUUUGUUUCUUAUUUAUUCAACAGGCCUGAUGGGGAAUCUCCUCAUUGUCAUUAUCAUCAUCUUUGACAGGAGGCUCCACACUCCCAUGUACUUUUUCCUGAGGAAUCUGUCCAUCCUGGAUGCCUGCUACCUCUCAAUAAUUGCUCCCCAGGCAUCGUUUAAUUCCCUGAUGAAUGACUGGGCUAUUUCAGUUACAGGCUGUGCAGCUCAGGUAUUCCUCGUGGUUUUCAUGGCAUAUGUAGAGUUUACACUGCUCACCAUCAUGGCUCGUGACCGUUAUGUGGCCAUCUGCCACCCUCUGCACUACCCAGUGAUCAUGAGUCCCCGAGUCUGCAUGCAGAUGACCAUAGUGUGUUUGUUGACUGGCCUCGUGUAUGCAGGUUUCCACACUGGUUACACGUUUCGCUUGUCUUUCUGCCAUUCCAAUGUGGUCCAUCAGUUCUUCUGUGACAUCCCCUCUCUCCUAAGGAUCUCUUGCUCAGACACCUCUGGCAAUAAGCUGUCCUUACUUCUCUCAGCAUUGCUGGUUGUAAUUGGCUGUUUUGCCUUCAUCACUGCAUCUUAUAUUCAUAUAAUUUCCACAGUCCUCAAGUUUCCAGUGAAAGAAGAUCAGAAAAAAGCCUUCUCGACCUGCAUCCCCCACAUCAGUGUGGUUUCUUUAUUUGUUUUUUCAGUCAUUUAUGUAUAUUUCCAACCACCUUCAGAUUCUGGGUCUCUUAAGGAUAUUAUUCUUUCUGUAUUUUAUGCCAUAAUACCACCCUUUCUGAACCCAAUUAUAUACAGUCUACGAAAUAAGCAGAUAAAGGAUGCUAUAAUAAUAUUGAUGAAGAGAACCCUUUCAUUAAAAAAUAACACAUAAAUCAUUGUUCUUUCUCAAUGUUUUCAA